UUCUCAAUCUGUAGUUGUAACUUCAACUUACAAUCAAACAUCAAACACCAUAUCCUGGUACAUACAGUUACCAACUUACCAUGUAUUCAGCCCGACAAACUAUCCUGCGUACAUCAUGAUUGGAGCGCAAGGGUAUCCUCCGUAUAGCGUUCGAUAUACUUCACAAUUGGACUGUAGAUCAUUUGCAAAUGCCACCGCUAGUGCGGAGUAUGCAUUCAGCCUAUACAUUCGUCCCACUCUGCCUUUAAAGUUGGGGUAAUUUAUUCAUGACGGAAUGGGCAAAUGUGCGAAAGUUGCGUCUAGAUGAUCAAAGUUUGUGUUCCUAAAAGUAUAAGGAUACAGUGGUACUACCUUGGACAAGUACUUCAUGGCUCCUAUGGCUGUCCACCGAUACUUUAUCAUGUCGAUCCAUUUCAGAUUGUUUCUCAUUGUUGCAUGCUUGGUGCAGGGAAUUUUUGCUCUGACGGUUGGCAAUAUUCAGAAUGCACGCAUUCACGUGUCCAAAAGAGAUGUUCUACAAGACGUGGUCAGUCAGUUAUUUGCAGUGGAGACUUUCAAAAGAAGAAUUUUAAUCCUUGAUAUGUUCGCAGGUGUCUUGGGAUGAACAUUCCAUUCUUGUUCGCGGUGAACGUAUUAUGGUCUAUUCGGGUGAAUUUCAUCCAUUCCGUCUGCCGUCGCCAGGAUUAUGGCUCGAUGUCUUUCAAAAAAUCAAGGCAAUGGGCUUCAGUGGUGUAUCUUUCUAUACGUACUGGGGCCUACUUGAAGGAAACCCUGGAGAGUUGAUUACGAAUGGGGUAUUCAGUCUCGAUGAAUUUUUUGAUGCUGCAAUGGAAGCUGGGAUCUACUUAAUCGCUCGUCCUGGUCCAUAUAUCAAUGCCGAAACAGCAGCUGGGGGAAUCCCUGGCUGGGUGCUUAAGAUCAGAGGAAUAAUCAGAUCCACGGAUCAGGAUUACCUUGAUUCGACACAGAACUAUGCUUCUACUAUUGGCAAAAUCAUAGCCAGAGCACAAAUCACAAAUGGUGGUCCUGUGAUCAUGGUCCAACCUGAAAACGAAUACUCAUCAUGGCCAGGUGUUACUAAUUUUCCAAGUCAAAUGAACAAAGACUACAUGGCAUUCGUGGAGCAACAGCUUCUCGAUGCGGGAAUCGUUGUACCAUUUAUUGUCAAUGAUAAUUUGAAUAUAGGUAAUUUUGCACCCGGCAGUGGGCUUGCAGAGGUGAAUAUUUAUGGGAUUGAUGCUUAUCCUAUGCGUUAUGACUGUGGGGAUCCGUACAUUUGGCCAACUUAUAGAUUUCCCAAGACUUGGGAGAUGACUCAUGCAAAUUAUAGUCCAUCGACACCUUUUGCAGUCGCCGAGUUCCAGGGUGGAGGUGGAGACGGGUGGUAAGUUUUCAAAAGAAAUUGAUGCACUCACUGCUGAUUUAUAAACAGGGGUGGUGUUGGAGAAGAUCGAUGCGCCAUCCUUACUAACAAUGAUGCGAUCAAGGUGCAGUUCAAAAACACUUACAGCUUUGCUGUGACAAUCUUCAAUGUCUAUAUGGUAAGAUUCAUAGCUUGUCCUCAGCACCUGUGGCUUGGUUGCUAACGUCGUGAAAGAUUUAUGGCGGUACUAACUGGGGUAACCUUGGCUAUCAUGGAGGAUACACAUCCUACGAUUAUGGAGCAUCAAUCACCGAAGACCGUCAAAUUUGGCGUGAGAAGUAUAGUGAAAUGAAACUCGAAGCCAACUUCUUGAAGGCAUCUGCAGCUUACUUGACUACUACAGCGGGGCAUGGCGCGAAUGGAUCUUAUGGAGUUCCAGCUGAAAUUGCUGUAACUCCAUUAUUUAGUGCCAUUAAUGAAACAAACGGCACAAGAACUAACUUUUACGUGGUCCGACAUGCGAAUUUCACUUCUCUUGCAAGAACAUUGUAUAAUCUCACUGUCACUACCUCUCGUGGCAACAUUACGAUACCUCAAAUUGGUGGAUCAUUAGUAAUGAUUGGUCGAGAUUCGAAGAUACAUGUUACAGAUUAUGAUAUCGGAGGACUCCAUAUGAUCUAUUCAUCAGCGGAGAUUUUCACUUGGGCUAAGAGUAGUAAUUCAGGACGAGUUUUGGUUCUUUAUGGCGGAAAUGGGGAGAUCAACGAAGCUGCUUUCCCAACUUCAUUUGGUGUUCCUGAGGUCAUUGAAGGGCACGGAGUUGAUAUUCAAAGACUCGGCGGAUCAUGGGUCCUUCAAUGGGCAGUGGAGUCGGAAAGGCGAGUCGUCCAAAUUGGAAAGCUAAGGAUUUACCUUUUGUGGCGAAAUGAAGCAUACAAUUACUGGUCUUUGGAAUUAGAAGCACCACAACCAGUUGGAAACCACACAUCUCCAUCGAAAUCAUCUGUUAUCAUCAAUGGUGGUUACCUCCUACGAACAGCGAGUAUUGAAGACAAACAACUUAAACUCACUGGUGAUAUCAACGCCACGACUAACUUUGAAGUCAUUUCAACACCUACCGAAGUAACUUCAGUUUUCUUCAAUAACAAGCAACUUCAUACCACGAAAUCGAAAAACGGAAAUCUCCAUGGCGCGGUAUCAUUCAGUCCCCCAUCGAUAACUCUUCCAGAUUUUAAAACUCAAUCAUGGCACUACAUCGAUUCCCUCCCCGAACUCCAACCCAUUUACGACGAUACCCGGUGGACAUCAUUAGAUCAUACAACUACAAACAAUACUCUCAAUCUAACAACUCCUACUUCAAUGUAUGCCAGUGACUACGGUUAUCACACAGGAUCCCUCAUCUACCGCGGCCGCUUUCUGUCUAGCGGCAAUGAAGCCACACUAUUCAUCAACACGACUGGCGGUGCCGGCUUUGCUCAUUCAAUUUGGCUCAAUUCCACAUUCCUAGGAUCUUGGAUUGGUAGUGGUGGAAACCAAACUUAUGCUCAAACCUUUACACUUCCAUCUGCCCUCGAAGCGGGCAAGAAUUAUGUGUUCACGAUACUAAUAGACCACAUGGGUCAAGACGAAGAAGCCCCAGGGACAGAUGCUAUUAAAUUUCCCCGAGGAAUCCUCGAUUAUUCGCUCUCUUCACACCCUCAAGGCGAUAUCGUCUGGAAGAUGACAGGAAAUUUGGGCGGCGAACAAUACAUUGAUAAAACACGGGGACCAAGAAACGAAGGGGCGAUAUUUGCAGAGAGACAAGGAUAUCAUUUACAGAACCCUCCGAGCGGAGAGUGGGACGUGAAAAAUCCGGUUGAGGAUGGUGUGGAAAGUGCGGGUGUGGGCUUUUUCACUACGACGUUUGACUUGCAUGUACCGGAGGGAUGGGAUGUCCCGAUGGGAUUUGUGUUUAAUGGGACGACUGGUGAAGAAGGAAAUGGGGGUAAUUAUAGAGUACAGCUUUUUGUCAAUGGAUGGCAAUUUGGAAAAUAUGGUAGGUCUCUCUCCCGUAUUUCUGCUCCCCGCUCCCCCCUUCCUUUUUCUUUCCCUUACUCCAAUAGUACUAAACUGACACCUCCCCUCGCAAUAGUAAACAACCUAGGUCCCCAAACCAAUUUCCCCAUUCCAGAAGGUAUCCUCAAUCAUAACGGAACAAACACCGUAGCUUUAACUCUUUGGUCUCUGGAUAGUAAUGGAGCGAAAAUUGGUGGGUUUGAAUUAGUUCCCAAUGCGAAAAUUUGGAGUGGAUAUCGUAAGCCAGCUUUGGUGGAGGGAGAGACGUGGAGUGAGAGGAUGGGUGCGUAUUGAGAAGAGAAGGAAGGGGGAAGAGAGAAGUAUAAAGGAAGGGAUCCGGGUAGAGAAGGAGGGAAUGGUGCGGUGCAAGUUGUCUUGUCGGGCUAUUGAUAACUCAGGAGUGUAAAUACUAGAAACUUACUUCAUUUUUCCAGCUCCAUAUUU